ACGGCGGAGUUGGGUUACCAGCGCCAGUGUGUUAAUACAUGAAAACAUGAAUGAUUAUACAUUUGAUGACGACGGCAACCCCGUCUUGAUGACUAACGGGGCAUCCAAAAGGAAUUUAUAUUCGGAAGAAGAGGACAUUACGAAUAUUUUCGAUGUCGGUGGAGAUGGUUACGAUGUUACACUCUCAAUGGCUCAGGAGACACUUACCUGGACUAGCGUCAAUCCAAACAGAGCUCGAAAAUCAAAAGGAAAAGGAUUGUCUCUGUUCAAAACUACGAAGCAUGCCCCACCUAACAAGUCGACUCUGGAUCUUAAGAAUGUACUUGGUGUGAAAAUAAAACGUCGGAAAAAGGGUAAAAAAGACGGCGAGGGCAUGUGUCUCGGAUUUAUUGUGUACACCUACGAAUUCUUUGGACCAAACGCAUUACGGGAGAGAGUUAUUGAAUUUGAACACCCUAGUGAAAAUCUGUGUACGAAAUAUAGUGAAAGGAUAUUUAAUUACAUUAAAGAACUACCUGGGCGACCACAGUCGGUAAAACUGUUUAUGCAGAUUUUGGCUGGUUAUCGCAUGAGUAAAGAGUUAUACAAAAACAAAGUUCUGCCCCUCAUCCAGGCAGCAGGCAUUGAUGUGGAUUGUGUGGAAAUCCAACAUUCAGAGUUUAUAAAACAGGAAAUGGUGCACAUCAAUUUAGAUGACUAUGAUUGCAUUGCAUGUAUGGGAGGUGAUGGUACAGUCAACCAGGUGGCAACAGGAUUGAUGAACAAAAUCCAGGCCAUGAAUGAUGUGGAGAUCAAGUUGGGCUUUACACCUGCCCCCUGCAAUGUACCGCUGUGUAUUCUCCCGACAGGAACAACAAACCAGGUGGCUGGGUCUCUCCUUGGACUUAGUGAUACCGUCACAGCAACAAUACAUAUGAUCUUAGGUAAUUACCGCCAGGUCGAUAUAAGUUCGGUGUACCAUGGUGAGAAGUUGCUGAAGUGGUCGUUUAUUUCACAGUAUGGGUUUGCAGGAAAUAUACUGAGUAUGUACGAACGCUAUAAAACCAAGUUAGGUGCUAAAGGGCUGGACGCUGCAGUGUUAAAGGCGCUCACCAAGUCAAAACUACGGCCAUACGAGUGUGAAGUAGAGUACAUACCAGCCGACCCUUUACCACACGCUGGAGACCAGAAGGUGGAUAACGAGUUCUCUACAUGUAGAUCAGGGUGUAGUAGAUGUUGGACAGAGCAACUUGAUGACUCUGCAAGUGUCACCCACGACACCCAGGUACAAGCCUUUGAUCCUCUCAACACAUCUAACAACAGCGAGAGCUUCAUGGAUUUAUCCAAAACAGAAAGUCCUUGGAAGACAAUGAAGGGGUCAUUCCUGAAUGUGGGGCUGUUUUGUAUCCCUGGUAACUGUGAAAUGGCCCCAGAGGGCCUGAAUAAAUUCUGCCAUCUUUGUGACGGCUCCAUGGAUCUAGUUAUCGUAAAGAACACCAGUCGGAAGGAUUUUGUCAGGUUUUUAAAACGACAUAGCAAUUCUAAAAAUCAGUUUGCAAUGCCGUUUGUCGAGAAGAUAGGUGUAAAAGAGGUACGAUUCAAGCCUCGUUCACGGACGACUUGGAACUACAAGGACCACACUUAUAGCGAGAUAGAGUAUCGCGAGUCUGCAAUCAAACACCGGCGUGGAACAAUCCAAAGUAUGGAUGUUCUCGAGAUUGAAGAUGAACGGACUACGCCGAAACACCGCCAUACACAGAGCUUACAGAUGCUGGACAACAUCAGUGAUAUAGACGAUGAUGACGAUGAGGAUGAGGGUAUAGAUGAUAUUGAUGAUUUAUCAUCAGAUCUACCCAGUAGAAAGGGGUCUGGUGGAACUAACAGAAAUUCAGCUGGAAGUAGCCGUGGAUCUGCUGGGAGCCGGACAAAAAUAAAAAAUGGAGAUGUGAUCAUCAACACAGCUCAGCAAGAAAAGCAACUGGUUGGACCGCAGUACCGGAUGACCUUUGCAGAGAAAGACAAACUGAAGAGAAAAACGAAACAGAUAAAAAAAGAAGAGAAAGUAAAAGAGAAAGAAGCAUCAAAGUCUAGAUCUGUGUGGAAUAUCGAUAAUGAAAUUUGUAAUGAACAGGAACUCAGUUUUAGGGUUCACCAUGGUCUGAUAAAGAUCAGUGGUCUCGGAAUAUCACCGUAUACCCAUGUGUUCACGGACUCUCCAGUAUUUUGUCUGUCCUUGAUGGGCUGACAGGCAUCUACACCCUCCCAUCGAAACCUACCAUUACGGUGUGUCAAAAGUUCAUCUUUCAGCAUUCAUUCCAAAACUGGUCUAAUUUUCUCACAUCAGUGUUGUGGUUGUGUGAUUUCUCUCUAUAAAAUAUCUAGAUAAAACCUGUAUAUAUGUCGUUACAACCAGGGAGACAUACCAUUAUUGCUUCAACACAGUUAUAAAUACUGUAUAAUUGGCAAUAAGAAUUGUAUAAUUGGUAAUAAGAAUUGUAUAAUUGGUUAUGAGUACUGUAUAAUUGGUUAUAAGUACUAUAUAAUUGGUUAUAAGUACUGUAUAAUUGGUUAUGAGUACUGUAUA